ACAAAAAAAAAAUCCUCAACUUUCACCAAAUUUCUUUUUAAUUUUUGCGAUGUCAGUGCUGUGAUUGUUUGUAUUAUGAGUGAACAAGAACGUAGGAGUCAAUACGAGAACGAGGAGACGGAGGAAGUCGUUUACAUUCCAAAUAACAAUUACUCGAUAUACAGUAAUGGAACUUUGCAUUACUGUAGCAUAUACAGUCAGCGCACAGUACAAGAAACGAAAGGAUGGGACGUGUUCAGAGAAUUUCCGCCGAAACAGGACAGUGUGUCCAUGGAGACUCAAAAAUGUUUGGAAUUCACAGUGCGAAUGCUAAAAGUGGUCGCAUACCUGGUCACCUUCAUCGUGGUCCUUGGAUCAGGAGUUAUCGCAAAGGGGACAAUUUUGUUCAUGACGUCACAAAUUAGGAAAGACAAGCGAUUAGAAUUCUGCAAUAAAAACUUAGGUCGAGAUAAGCAGUUUGUGGUGAGUUUACCAGACGAGGAGCGUGUUGCCUGGAUGUGGGCUAUCCUAGCUGCCUUUGCUAUUCCGGAAUUAGGAACGAUGAUCAGGUCUAUAAGAAUAUGCUUCUUCAAAACAUCAAAGAAGCCAAGUUUUGUACAAUUUUCUGUGGUCUUUAUCGCUGAGUCUUUACAUACCAUAGGAAUGGGUUUAUUAUUCUUUAAAAUCCUGCCUGAAUUAGAUGUAGUCAAAGGAGCUAUGAUAACGAACUGUCUCUGUAUAAUUCCCGCGGUGCUCGGUCUGCUGUCAAGAAACUCUCGAGACUCGAAACGAUUUGUCAAAGUCAUCGUCGAUAUGGCCGCUAUAGUUGCGCAAGUGACCGGUUUUAUAGUUUGGCCCCUGUUGGAAAACAAAGCUGUUUUGUGGUUGAUCCCGAUCUCUGCUUUAUGUAUUUCGUUAGGUUGGUGGGAAAACUAUGUGACACGACAAAGUCCAAUAGGAAUAAUCAAAAGCCUAGGGAGACUAAAAGAGGAAUUAAAUUUUACUCGCUACUUUACGUAUCGAUUCAUCUCCGUGUGGAAGAUUUUACUGUUUCUUUUCUGCAAUCUAUUCUUCAUGUGGUUGGACGGAGAUGAACCGGCAAUGUUUUUCCAACUUUUCAACCCUGGAUUUGGGCCACAUAGCAUCGUCGUUGAAGAGGUUCAAAUCCAACUCGGGGGAACGGUUAUUCCAGAUUUGGCAAACAUAACCCUUACAGGAGACUCCGUCGAAAUCGCGGCUGUACAUAAGUCCGCCGUCUACGUCAUGAUGAUCCAAAUAUUUGCAGCCUACAUCUGCUACAUCUUUGGGAAAUUUGCUUGCAAAAUUGUUAUUCAAGGGUUCAGUUACGCUUUUCCGAUAAAUUUGGUCAUACCUUUGGUUGUGAACUUUUUGAUUGCUGCUUGUGGUAUCAGAAAUGGCGACACCUGUUUCUUCCAUGGAACGAUACCGGACUACCUAUUCUUCGAAAGCCCUCCAGUGUUUACGUUGAGCGAUUUCAUCUCUCGACAAAUGGCAUGGGUUUGGUUGUUAUGGCUGCUAUCACAAACCUGGAUCACUAUUCAUAUUUGGACCCCCAAAGCAGAACGUUUAGCUUCCACUGAGAAAUUGUUUGUGUUGCCUAUGUACAAUGGUCUACUCAUAGACCAAAGUAUGGCACUGAAUAGGAAGAGAGAUGACCAUAAGGAUGUCAAAACAGAAGAUCUUGCCGAAAUCGAAAAGGAAAAAGGUGAUGAAUACUAUGAAACAAUAUCAGUACAUACAGACAAUACUGGAUCUUCCCCAAAGACUGUGAAAUCAUCAGACCAGAUCACGAGGAUUUAUGCUUGUGCUACUAUGUGGCACGAGACCAAAGAUGAGAUGAUGGAGUUCUUGAAAUCUAUUCUUCGUCUCGAUGAAGAUCAGUGUGCUCGCCGCGUCGCUCAGAAGUAUCUUCGUGUAGUAGAUCCUGACUAUUACGAAUUCGAAACUCACAUUUUCUUGGACGACGCUUUCGAAAUUUCGGAUCAUAGCGACGACGAAUCUCAAGUAAACCGGUUUGUCAAGCUUCUGGUAGACACCAUCGACGAAGCUGCUUCUAAUGUACAUCAAACGAACAUUCGUAUACGUCCACCGAAGAGAUAUCCUGCGCCGUACGGAGGUCGACUAACAUGGGUGUUACCAGGAAAGACUAAAAUGAUCUGUCACUUGAAGGAUAAGGCAAAGAUUCGACACAGGAAACGUUGGUCUCAGGUGAUGUACAUGUACUACCUUCUCGGUCAUCGUCUGAUGGAAUUGCCUAUUUCGGUUGAUCGUAAAGAAGUUAUGGCUGAGAAUACUUACCUGCUUACACUCGAUGGAGAUAUCGAUUUCCAACCUCACGCUGUACGAUUACUCAUUGAUUUAAUGAAGAAAAACAAGAACCUCGGAGCUGCCUGCGGGCGUAUUCACCCCGUUGGAUCUGGACCUAUGGUGUGGUAUCAAUUAUUCGAAUAUGCUAUCGGACAUUGGCUGCAAAAAGCCACCGAACACAUGAUCGGCUGCGUGCUCUGUAGUCCCGGAUGCUUCUCGCUGUUCAGAGGAAAGGCUCUGAUGGACGACAACGUUAUGAAGAAAUAUACUUUGAAAUCUGACGAAGCCCGUCACUACGUACAAUACGAUCAGGGAGAAGAUCGAUGGCUAUGCACUCUGCUACUUCAACGUGGCUAUCGUGUAGAAUAUUCAGCUGCAUCGGACGCCUACACCCAUUGCCCUGAAGGUUUUAGCGAGUUCUACAAUCAACGACGUAGAUGGGUGCCUUCGACCAUUGCUAACAUUAUGGACUUGCUUGUGGAUUAUAAACAUACCAUUAAAAUCAAUGACAAUAUUUCCUCACCGUACAUCGCAUACCAAAUGAUGUUGAUGGGCGGUACGAUUCUGGGACCUGGAACUAUAUUUCUUAUGUUGGUGGGUGCUUUUGUGGCCGCUUUUAGAAUUGACAAUUGGACAUCCUUCGAAUACAAUCUAUAUCCUAUAAUGUUGUUUAUGUUUGUUUGUUUCACAAUGAAGUCAGAAUAUCAAUUAUUGGUCGCGCAAAUAUUAUCAACGGCCUAUGCUAUGAUAAUGAUGGCUGUAAUUGUGGGUACAGCACUGCAAUUAGGCGAGGACGGUAUCGGAUCCCCAUCCGCUAUAUUCUUGAUUUCACUGUCAAGUUCUUUCUUUAUAGCGGCCUGUUUACAUCCCCAGGAGUUCUGGUGUAUCGUUCCCGGUAUCAUUUAUCUAUUAUCUAUACCCUCUAUGUACUUGCUUUUGAUUUUGUAUUCUAUUAUAAAUCUGAAUGUAGUAUCGUGGGGUACGCGAGAAGUGCAAACCAAGAAAACAAAGAAGGAAAUCGAGCAAGAAAAGAAAGAUGCCGAAGAGGCGAAAAAGAAGGCGAAACAAAAAUCCCUUCUUGGUUUCCUGCAGGGUGUCAAUUCUAACGAAGAGGAAGGCUCCAUAGAACUAUCGUUUGCUGGUCUUUUUAAAUGUUUACUGUGUACUCAUCCUAAAGGAAACGAAGAAAAAGUACAGCUCAUGCAUAUCGCUUCAACACUUGAGAAAUUGGAAAAGAAAAUUGAAAACGUCGAGAAGGCCGUGGAUCCGCACGGUCUAUCCAGAAGUCGCAAGCUAUCGCUAGGCCCUCGUGGUAGCACUAACGGAGACCACCAGUUGGACGCUCUUAAUGAGGACCCCGAAGAAGAAAACGAUUCCGAUUCCGACACCGGCACUCUAUCCACUGAACCAAGGGAACGACGAGAUGAUCUUAUAAAUCCAUAUUGGAUUGAGGAUCCCGGCUUGAAAAAAGGCGAAGUAGAUUUCUUGAGCCCGCCCGAGGUACAAUUCUGGAAAGACCUUAUUGACAAGUAUUUAUAUCCUAUUGACGAAGACAAGGACGAGAAGGCACGUAUUUCGAGAGACUUAAAAGAACUGAGAGAUUCUUCUGUAUUUUCAUUCUUUAUGAUCAAUGCUCUUUUUGUGCUCAUUGUAUUUUUGCUACAAUUGAACAAGGACAACCUUCACAUUAAAUGGCCCUUCGGAGUUAAGACUAACAUUACCUAUGAUGAGGUCUCACAAGAGCUUCUCAUCUCGAAGGAAUACUUGCAAUUAGAGCCUAUCGGUCUGGUAUUUGUGUUCUUCUUUGCCUUGAUUUUGGUCAUACAAUUUUCGGCCAUGUUGUUCCAUCGAUUCGGAACUAUUUCGCAUAUUCUAUCAUCGACGGAUCUCAACUGGUUCUGUUCAAAGAAAUCGGAAGAUUUGUCACAGGAUGCGCUUUUGGAUAAGAAUGCAAUAGCAAUAGUGAAAGACCUUCAGAAAUUAAACGGUCUGGACGAUGAUUAUGAUAACGAUUCAGGAUCUGGACCACACAACGUCGGCCGAAGGAAGACAAUACACAAUUUAGAGAAAGCUAGACAGAAGAAACGUAACAUAGGAACACUAGAUGUGGCUUUCAAGAAACGAUUCUUCAAUAUGAAUGCUAAUGAUGGUCCGGGUACCCCAGUUUUAAAUCGUAAAAUGACCUUGAGAAGGGAGACAUUGAAAGCUUUAGAGACCCGUCGUAACUCUGUAAUGGCAGAAAGAAGGAAGUCGCAAAUGCAGACACUUGGCGCUAAUAAUGAAUACGGUGUUACUGGAAUGCUCAAUAAUAACGUUGGACCUCGUCAUAGAGCAUCGAAUGCUAAUAUUUCAGUGAAGGAUGUAUUCUCGGAGCCCAACGGAGGACAGAUCAACAGGGCCUACGAAGCCUCACUCGGGGACGACGAUGACUCAAAUUCCAUGCGACUUCAGCCAAGACAAAACCAAGUUUCAUUCCAAGGGAGGUUUUAACUAAGAGUUGCCAAAACAAUCGUCCCAAGUGAC